UGUCGGCUGUCGUGACAUAAAAUAAUUCUAUUUUGUGUGAAUUAUCUGUUUUUAACUUAUUAUUCAUAUUUUCCAAUAACGUAUUAUACUUUAGCGUAUCCACGAUGGCCGUACCCGACUACAAACUAAGUGCAAUUUUGGUUGGUCAUUCUAUGGAUGUACGUUGUGUAGCAAAAACUAACGAACAUUGUAUACUGUCGGCAUCCCGGGAUAGAACUGCUAAGCUUUGGCAUCCAGAGGGAGUAAAGGAUUAUGCUGCUAUUGUUACAUAUAAAGGACACAAAAAUUUUGUAUCUUGUGUGUGCUGGUUGCCGCCGUGUGAAGCCUUCCCUGAGGGGCUUGUUGUGACUGGGAGCAAUGAUAAUACGAUUAUAGGCUACAGCCUGCGUGAUGGAUCUGUACAAAUAGAUUUAAAGGGACAUGAAAAUGCCGUAUGUAAUGUAAAACCUGGUCAAGAGUCGGGAAUAGUGCUAAGCUCUAGUUGGGACAAUACAGCACGAGUGUGGAAUGUGAACAGCCCACAGAUGGCUCCAUUAGUGCUAAAAGGUCACCAAGCAGCUGUGUGGUCAACAAUAGUGCUCGGAAAUGGUACAUACGCCACUGCAUCAGCUGAUAAAACCAUAAAAGUCUGGAGGAAAGAUGGUGCACUAAUUACUACACUCACAGGUCACACUGAUUGUGUCCGAGACUUAUCACUGGCAAGCUCUGAAACCUUUCUAAGCUGCUCCAACGAUGCUUCCAUUAGAUUAUGGACAAACAAGGGAGAAUGUCUCAACACAUACUUUGGUCACACUAACUAUAUUUAUAGCAUAAGUGUAAAUCCAACAUUAGAACAUAGCUUUGCCAGUUGUGGUGAGGACGGUAGUCUCAGGAUCUGGCAAGCGGGAGACUGCAUCAGAGAGCUCCGACUUCCGGUGCAGUCUGUCUGGAGCGUUGUCUGUCUGGACAAUGGUGACAUAGUUACAGGUUCUAGUGACGGUCUUAUAAGAGUGUUCACCAAAGAUCCACUAAGAUAUGCGGAAGAAAGUGUGCUCAAACAAUUUGAUAGUGAUGUGGAAAACAUGAUAAGUGCGUCUCAACAAGAAAUUGGAGGUUUCAAACUUUCUGAAUUACCCGGGCCCGAGGCACUGUUAGAGCCGGGGAAGUCCCACGGUCAGACUAAGAUGGUGCGUCGGGGCACCAACGUCAAGUGUUACUCGUGGGACGCGGCGCAGGGUGCGUGGGCGGAAAUUGGUGAUGUUAUGGGCACGCAGCCGCCGAGUGAGGGCAAGACUAUGUAUCAGGGCAAGGAAUAUGAUUUCGUGUUUAGUGUGGACAUCAAAGACGGCGAACCGCCGAUCAAAUUGCCAUUCAACAAGACUGAAGACCCGUGGGUAGCGGCUCAAUCCUUCAUUCAUAAAAACAAUUUACCACAAGUAUAUUUGGAGCAAGUAGCUAAUUUUAUUAUUACUAAUGCCAAACUGACUACACUGCCAACUCCUAAUAAUGGCUUCGCGGAUCCGUUUACGGGCGAAUCUCGGUACGUGCCCGGGUCAGGAGCGGCCGCUAAUGUCGGCGCGGCGCGAGAUCCCUUCACCGGUGCGGGCGCGUACGUCACGCCGAGCGCCGCCAGUGCGGGCGUGACGGACGAGCGACCGCUCAUACCGCACGACUCAUAUAUCAGAUUUGACCAGGCCAACGUUAAAGCAAUUCACGACAAACUAAAAGAAUUCAACAGCAGAGCUGGCAACAGUGCAGAACUCACCACUGAACAAUUAGAAGAAAUUAUUAAACUAGGAGAUUUGAAUACUGUGGCUAGUGAGCAAACAAUUUCCUUACUAAAAAGAAUAUUGGAAUGGCCAAAAGAUAUACUCUUCCCAGCAUUAGACAUAACGAGGCUAGCAGUUAGAAAUAAGUCAGUGAACGGACAAUUAUUUGAUACUUCAUUUGGACCAAAGUUUAUGGAAUUUUUACUCUCGCUACUUACACCAGACAAUCUCCCCGCGAAUCAAAUGCUCAGUAUGCGCGUUAUGGUUAACGCAUUCAGCGACCUGCCUGGAGAGAUGAUGGUGCUAGCGGCGCGGGAGAGUAUAGCGCAUGCGCUGCUCUGUCUUAAUAAGCUGUCUAAUAAUGCACAGAUCGCGGCGGCGUCGCUGACCCUGAACAUGUGUGUGGCGCUGGCGGCGUCGAGCGGCGCGGAGCUCACCGACACCACGCUCGCGCUUUUACCCGUGCUCUCUGACGCCGAGGCAUAUCUACGGGCACUGGUGGCUCUAGGUACCUUGCUAGCGGAGUCCCCUAACAAACUCAUCAUUCAAACGAAGAUUGUGUCCAACACUCAAGUUCACAACCGACUGAAAAUAGACUGCAACAACAACAGUGAUCCUAAGUAUAAGAAAAUAGCGUCCUGCUCCCAACAAAUAUUACGACUUUUAUGAGCUAGUUAUUUAUUUAUAUUUUUUAAACUUGUAUUUAUAAUUCAGAUACGCAUAGCUUUAAACAGUGAUUUUGAAAAUAAAGUAUUGCCGUUUUUGUCUUCAAAAACAUGUAUGAAAAGGAAGGACUAUAAAAAAAUAUAUUUAAAGCUAUGUGCAUCGUUGGGGUAAAGCUAGCCUUAUUAAAGCAAUAAAAUUGCAUUAAAACAACUCAAAACUUUCAUAAUGUAUUAAAAUAUAUGUCAAGAUGUAACGAUUCUCCGAAUAUAUGGUACAAUACAUUGAAUUAAAACUUAAUACCACAA